AUGGUUUUUGAAGCUGGAAGCAGAGGUGGCCGUGGAGGCUCUAGAGGAGGAAGAGGUGGCUUCGGCGGUGGCCGUGGUGGAUCCAGAGGUGGUUCCAGAGGUGGUUUCGGCGGUGGCCGCGGUGGAUCCAGAGGUGGCUUCGGCGAUUCCAGAGGCGGCUCUAGAGGCGGUUUCGGUGGUGGUCGUGGAGGUCCUCGUGGCGGUUUCGGCGGUGGUCGUGGAGGUCCUCGCGGUGGUGCUAGAGGCGGUGCCAGAGGUGGUGCUAGAGGUGGCGCCAGAGGUGGUGCCAGAGUUGUCAUCGAACCUCACAAGCACGCCGGUGUUUUCAUUGCCAGAGGUAAGGAAGAUCUAUUGGUCACCAAGAACGUUGCUCCUGGUGAGUCCGUCUACGGCGAAAAGAGAGUCACUAUUGAAGAGCCCGCUAAGGAAGAAGGUGUUCCCCCAACCAAGGUUGAAUACCGUGUCUGGAACCCUUUCAGAUCCAAGUUAGCUGCCGGUAUCAUGGGUGGUCUAGACGAGCUUUUCAUCGCGCCUGGCAAGAAAGUACUAUACUUGGGUGCCGCUUCCGGUACCUCUGUGUCGCACGUUGCUGACGUUGUUGGUCCAGAAGGUUUGGUUUAUGCCGUUGAGUUUUCUCACAGACCUGGCAGAGAAUUGAUCUCCAUGGCCAAGAAGAGACCUAACGUGAUUCCAAUCAUCGAAGACGCUAGACAUCCACAGAAAUACAGAAUGUUGAUCGGUAUGGUUGACGCUGUCUUUGCCGAUGUGGCCCAACCGGAUCAAGCACGUAUCAUUGCUUUGAACUCCCACAUGUUCCUAAAGGACCAAGGUGGUGUUGUUAUCUCCAUUAAGGCCAACUGUAUCGACUCUACUGUCGACGCCGAAACCGUUUUCGCCAGAGAAGUGCAGAAGUUGCGUGAGGAACGUAUCAAGCCUAUGGAGCAAUUGACAUUGGAACCUUACGAAAGAGACCAUUGUAUUGUCAUUGGUAAAUACAUGAGAAGCGGGUUGUAA